GUCGCAGACAAGGCCUCGAGGCGAAGCCAUUGAAGCGCAACCAUGGCAGCCAGAACUCUCAGAAUCGGUCUCAUCGCCGGCGAUGGGAUCGGCAAGGAAGUCAUCCCCGCCGGCCGGCGCAUCCUCGAGGCGCUGCCGGCCUCGCUCGGUCUGAAGUUCGAGUUCAUCGACCUCAAGGCCGGGUGGGAGACGUUCCAGCAGACGGGCACCGCGCUGCCCGACGAGACGGUGUCGAUCCUCAAGUCCGACUGCGACGGCGCGCUCUUCGGCGCCGUCAGCUCGCCGACCACGGCCGUCAAGGGCUACUCGUCGCCCAUCGUCGCGCUGCGCAAGAAGCUCGACCUGUACGCCAACGUGCGGCCCGUCAAGACGGUCGUGUCGGCGCCGCGCCCGAUCGACAUGGUCAUCGUGCGCGAGAACACCGAGGACCUGUACGUCAAGGAGGAGCGCACUGUCGACACGCCCGAGGGCAAGGUCGCCGAGGCGGUCAAGCGCAUCUCGCAGCGCGCCAGCAGCCGCAUCGCCGCCAUGGCCGGCGAGAUCGCGCUGCGGCGCCAGAAGAUCCGCGCCGCCGGCGCCCCCAGCAUCCACCGCGGCCCGCUCGUCACCAUCACGCACAAGUCCAACGUGCUGUCGCAGACGGACGGGCUGUUCCGCGCGACGGCGCGCGAGGCGCUGGCGGGCCCGCGCUUCCGCGACGCCGUCGCCGUCGAGGAGCAGAUCGUCGACUCGAUGGUGUACAAGCUGUUCCGGCAGCCCGAGGCGUACGACGUGAUCGUGGCGCCGAACCUGUACGGCGACAUCCUGUCGGACGGCGCCGCCGCCCUGGUCGGCUCGCUCGGCCUGGUGCCCAGCGCCAACGUCGGCGAGGGCUUCGCCAUCGGCGAGCCGUGCCACGGCAGCGCCCCGGACAUCCAGGGCCAGGGCAUCGCCAACCCCAUCGCGACGCUCCGCAGCGCCGCCCUGAUGCUCGAGUUCCUCAACGAGGAGGCCGCCGCCGCCAAGAUCUACGCCGCCGUCGAUGCCAACCUCGAGGAGGGCAAGCUGCUCAGCCCUGACCUGGGCGGCAAGGCCAAGACGGAGGAGGUCGUGCAGGAUAUCCUUCGCCGCCUGUAGGCUGAAUCGGGAGUGCAAGUAGCGGCGAAAAGGGAAGGGAGGAAGAGGUCUUCAGGUCGCUGCGUGGUGUCAUUUAUACCCCGUUGUUUGUGUACAGAUGGGCGCCAUAGAAAGGAUAAAGAAAAAUACAACCGGAGCAUUCGUAGGACGCCUAUGACACGUUCCGAGG